AUGGGGCAGAGCAGAGGCAGCAGGCGCCGGGGCGUUGAACCCUUCCGCUACUCUUCCAAGCUGGCGCCGCGCCGCCUGCUCACCAAGCCCGCCGACCCCGCCUCCAAUGGCGGCUGGGACAACGCCAACCACGACCUCAUCGUAGCGGUGGGGGACGAGUACGUCGUGCGCGACCUGCUGGGCCAGGGCACCUUUGGCCAGGUGUUCAAGUGCGUGGGCGCGGAGGACGAGGACGACGGCGAGGCGAUCGCCAUCAAGGUCGUGAAGAACCAGGCCGCGUACUACCACCAGGCGCGGGUGGAGAUUGGCGUGCUGCA